CAUUACCCAUGGACAACCCACUUCAAUAAAUAUACAGGUACACAUGUUUUGGUUUUUAUUGUCAUGGAAGUGUUAUAAAGGAGAGGACAAGUAACUCUUCCACUUAAAUGAUCGGAGUAGACAAACAACACUAAUCAGUCUGUGGUAAAAAGAAAAAUACAUCGGAAAACUUGAAUAUCAACUUGAGAGCACCCAGUUACUCAGAGCCAUGGAGACACAGUCCGGGGUGAUGUUUAGGAAUGUUGGGCAGUUGUAUUUCCCUGAAAGUAGAGUGGAGUGUCACUACAGCUUAACCUCCAAACACCAGUGGUCCAAGAAAGACUGGAUAGGGAUUUUCAAGGUGGGUUGGUCAUCAGUGAAGGAGUACUACACCUUCUCUUGGGCCCUUGCUCCUGAAGGUUACAUUGAAGCAACCAAUGUCAAUUGCUGUGUACAUUUCCAAGCCUUUUACCUCCCCCAUCCCAGUGAGGUGGAGUACCAGUUUGUGUAUGUGGACGAGAAUGGGAAGAUUUGUGGCUGCAGUCGACAGUUCACUUUCUGUGCUCCCAAACCCCUGGAUGAGCUGGAGACUCUGGAGGAGGAAAGGGAUGGGGAUGAGGAGGGGGAUGGGGAGAUGGAGGACCUGCUUCUGGUGGUACCCAGGGCUCAGCUCCUGCAGAGCCGUCUGGAAGAAUGCCUGAGAGAACGAGACAACUUACAACUGGCCCUGGAGAAAUCCAAGAAAGAGAAGGAAAUAGAGAUAGAAAAAAGUGAGAAGGCAAAGAUGGAGUGGGAGAAUGAGAAAGAGGAGAUGAAGGAGGGGAUGAAGGACCUGAGGGGAAACCUUAAACACAGCUGGGACAAGAUAGAGAAGAUCGAGGGGAAACACAAGGAUGUGCAGUAUUCGCAGGAAACCUUGUCCACUGAGCUCAGUGGCUUAUUGUCUGCAAAAACUGAAAGUCAGCAGCGAAUCAGAGAGCUGGAAGAUGACAUCACGGCUUUGACUGGUAGAGGGAAGGAGACUGAGGCUGAACUGGAAAGAAUGAAGGAGAGAGUGAAAAAGACGUCAAUUCAAAGGAGGGAUGAAGAGCUGGAGAAAAAGAAUUUGCAUAUAGAGAACCAAGAAGCCCUGGAGGAACUGAGGGGGCUGCGGGAUCACCUGGAGGCCAGUGAGCGGGGGGCAGAGACUCUGCGCCGGGAGCUGUGUGAGCUGGGGGUCCAGCAGAGCCACACCCAUGCCGAGCUGCACCAGAUGCGUCUGCAGGCCGCACAGCUGACCCUGCAGUUGUCUGAAACCAACCUGUCCCUUCGGGAGGGGCGUGCCAACUGGGCCCAAGAGAGAGAGGCCUUCAAACAGGCUGCAGAGACUGAUAAAGACAGAAUCCAGAAGAUGAGUCGGGAGGCCCAGCGUAAGGAAGAGUGGCUGCAGGAGGAGAGGCUGGAAAGAGAGAAGCUAGAAGUGGAGCUCAGCAAAGAGAAGGAUUGCAACAGGGUGCAACUCAGCAAUGCACGCAGGGAGGUGCAGGAGCUGAGGACUAGUCUGAGGAUUCAAGAGAAGGAAGGAGAACUGCAGACCAUGGAGAAACAGGACCUGCUGGACUACAUACGUCAGUUAGAGCAGAGACUGGAGACUGUGGCAGAUGACAGAUGGACUGAAGCAGCUUUACUCUCAUCCACUCCUGAAUCCUUACCUGAGGAGGACUCCCUCCAUCACAACCAGUCAGACGACAAAUAUAUGGACAAGGACGAGAUGGAGCCACAUCACAGCCAGAGAUGUAGUGAGGAGAAGCCUCUGAUUCUGUCUGACCACACUGACUCCAUCCUGAGUGAACUAGCAGAUUCCCCAUUGUGGUAACUGUCAGAUUGGGAUAAAGGGAACACGGCAACGGCAAAGCUGCAGACAUCAACAUAUUUAGUAAUGUGCAAUGGUAACUUCUACAAAUCCCAUUUUUCAAAUUAUGUGUGACAACUGAGUUUUUUCAAUGAUUUUGGUUGUUAAGUGUCUUUCUUUAUUGAUUUAUAGAGGACUUUCAGGGUUCUUUUUAGAAAAAGUGUAUGAAAUGAAUAAGGCUAUUAUCUUAAUUGACCUCAUAAACAUAUUGAGGAUAUUCAUAGAAUAUAGCAUAAGAUGCUUACCUUAAAUGUUAUCUGUUUUAUAAUAGCUUUUAAGUUGUGCUAUUACAUAGAAUAUAUUAUUAACAUGUAUUACAAAUGUGAUGAGGCAACACUUUACAUUAACAUUUUGAGUCUAUUGUCAGCUUCUGAACAUAAAGAUGAUGACAUUCUACAUGUGAGUGUUCAUGGGAUAAAUGGGACUUGACUAAUGAUGGCUCAGGUAUAAGCCACAUUAUUACAUCCUUUAGAUAGCAUAGAUGUGAUAAUUGUCCUACAUCAACAUAAUAGCCAUGUAUGAUUGUAACAGUGGUAAGAUGUGUGAGUGUGUGAAGGUUUGGAGAAGAAACUGUAUCAAUGAUGAGUGUGGUCUGUGUUUAAGGCCCUAGGUGUGUGCUGAUACAUUUUGAGAAUUCAGAUUCAGAUUGACUGUGUGGGUGGAUUUCUGUAAUAAACACUGAUUGAUGCUGA